CAUGAAGUUGAGUCCAGGAAAUUGUGGUUAUUGGCGAGUUCCGCGGUGCAAAGUGAAGACGCACUGCUUCACUUCUGUUUGGCCUACGUGUAACACAACUUUGAGGAGAAAUUCGCCUAAACGUGUUUACCAUAAAGACUGCAAGAUGUCAGUCGCCGGAUUUAAGAAGCAGAUCUAUAAAGCGACUCAGAUGAUGAGUGAGAAAGUUGGUGGAGCAGAGGGAACCAAACUGGAAGAAGAUUUCCAAGAUCUCUUGAGAAAAUCUGAUAUUACUAGCAAAGCAGUGGUUGACGUCAUGAAUAAAACCUCUGAGUAUCUACAGCCAAAUCCUGCUACAAGAGCAAAGCUGACAAUGCUAAACACGGUGUCGAAGAUACGAGGGCAGGACCCAAACACUGGGUACAUUCAGCCUGAAGGGCUGCUGGGCGACUGCAUGAUUAAAUAUGGAGAAGAGAUGGGCAAUAACAGUAAUUUUGGAGGUGCCCUCAAAGACUUUGGAGAUGCAAUGAAGAGGAUGGCAGAGGUCAAGGAUUCCUUGGACAUUGAUGUAAAGCACAACUUUCUUGAUCCACUGCAAGCAAUUGCAGAAAAGGAUAUCAAAGACAUUCAGUUUCACUUGAAAAAGUUGGAAGGCCGGCGACUGGACUAUGACUAUAAAAAGAAACGUCAAGGCAAGAUACCUGAUGAGGAGCUGAGGCAAGCCCUGGAUAAAUUCCACGAGUCUAAAGAAUUGGCUGAGAAGUCCAUGCACAACCUCCUUGAAACUGAUGUGGAGCAGGUGAGUCAGCUGAAGUUCUUUGUGGAGUCUCUGCUGCAGUACCACAGGGGGGCCACAGAGAUCUUGGAAAGCCUCCAAAAGCAGCUCACAGAAAGGAUGGAGGAGGCUUCGAUGCGACCAAGACGUGAAUACACACCAAAACCAAGGCCCUCCUUUGAUUAUGGUGAGAUGAAUAACUCCAAUGGUGGCUACUCAUCAGCUGCAUCCAGCCCCCCUCCUGUAUACUCUCCAGUUCAAUAUCCAGGUCCUCCAUCCUUCCAAAGAACAUCAGUCAAGAGCAGACCACCUCAGCCAUCCUGUAAAGCCCUGUUUGACUUUGAACCAGAAAAUGAUGGAGAGCUUGGCUUUCAAGAAGGCGACGUCAUCAUCUUGACCAAUCAAAUUGAUGAGAACUGGUUAGAAGGGACACUUCAUGGGAGAACAGGGUACUUUCCAAUAAACUAUGUCCAAAUAUUGGUGCCACUGUAAUGUUGACAGCACAAACAAACAAGGUUUAUGAUCAAGGAGCAAGGACUUGGACACAAAAAUCAUCAUAUCAUUAGGGAAGAUAGUAAAGUAGUGAUCUAAAAGCAGGGAUCAAUUUAAGUGGGACCAUUCUUGAUAAACGUGGAAUUGUUAUAUACAGAUGAAUUUAAACAUACCAGGCUUGUUCAUUUGUUUCCACUUGCCAAGACACAUUAUACU